AUGUCGGUAUGUCCAAGACUCAAAGAUCUGUAUCCAAAACUGGAAAGUGUUUCUGGGGGCUGGCUGAUUUACAAAGGAGCAGGUGGAUGGGGUUCUCGGAAACUAAAUAUGGUGCCUCCUGAGGACAGUGGAUAUACUGGGUCACUGCUAAAAAAUGCAAGUGCUGGGGGAAAGACCGUCCUAUACAUUGCUCCAAUCCAGGAAGAGCUAGACACUCAGCCGCUGCCCCCUGACUCCAGCUCCUUCUCCAAUAUGCCAAAGGUGAUGUGCCACUCAUGUCAAACCAGCGACCCACUUCAACUCUUAGCACUGCAUGUUGAAACAUGUCAGCCUUCAGAUACUAAUGCACAGGAGAUUGUGUGCCCUGUCUGCGGUGAGACAUUUCCUCAGAAUGAGGUGGAGGCACAUGCAAGCGAGUGUUGUGAGAGAUCCAAUAUGGUGGAGCGGGGACUUGCACAGUGGAAGAGGCAAAAAAAGGCAUUGCCUACAAAUCAGCUGAGGGUCACAUUUAUCGGAGAGGCAGGAAUUGAUACAGGGGCAUUACGGAAAGAAUUCCUCACAGAAAUGGUUGCAGGCUUGGAGCAAAGGCGAUUUGAGGGUGACCAGACUGGGAAGGCUCCCAAAUAUUCAUUGCUGGAUCUUGAUAUAGGAAACUUCUGUAGUGCUGGUGAAAUUUGGGCAGUUAGUCUGGCGCAAGGUGGGCCACCACCCUGCGCUGAUGCUGACUUUGUUUUUGCAACAUGCCAUCCUGAGUUCAGCGAGAAGGGCUCCAACAAAGAACGGGUGGAAAUGAGGAUUAUGAACCAUCUACAGGACUUCUUGCAAGAGCUGGAAUCACGUGAAGAGCCUGAGACCAGUGAUCCAGUCAUCCUUUCCCCAAGUUCAUUCUUACAGUGGCUCACAGGACAAGGCCACAUUCCUGUCCUGCCAGAUGAGAAGAUAAACUUCAAAGUCUCUGUGCAGUUCAACCACUCAUGCCAACCGUUACAGCAUGUAGUGACACAGUCAAGCUACCUGUUCAGUAUAUGCAAACUUAUGAAGAGUUCAAGCAUGUGAUGACAAACGCGUUCCACUAUGGUCAGGCAUUUCUUCAUAUUUAGGAGCAUGAUCAGCCAGCCAGACAUCUUGAUUGUUCCAUGAAAUGUUAUUUAAACAAAAAAAAUCGACACGUGUUGCUUGAUGGGUUUUUUAAAAUUGUUUUACAGUUUAAGCAUUCUGUUUAUUG